UCAGUUCUGGUAGUUCCAACAAUCACUACUUGGGAAUAUGGUACAAGAAUAUCCCAGUUAAAACCAUUGUUUGGGUUGCAAAUCGACUCAAUCCGAUCAAUGACUCCUCUGGCUUGUUAAUGAUAAACGAUAGUACAUGCAGUGUUGUGGUUAUGAGUCAGAAUAACAGUAUUGUUGUUUGGUCUACAAAAGCACAAAACCAAGCCAAGAAUCCAGUGUUAAAGCUCCUAGACACUGGAAAUCUUGUACUAACAGUAACAGAUGAGAAAGACGAAAAUUCAAGAAUCACCUUGUGGGAAAGUUUCGACUAUCCAACUGAUACAUUUUUACCAGGAAUGAAGCUGGGAUGGGACUUAAAGAAAGGCGUUAACUGGUCUUUUACAGCAUGGAAGAAACCAGAUGAUCCAUCUCCUGGAGAUUUCACCUAUGGGAUAUUAGAAAUGGGAAUUCAUUCAUAUCCUGAAGCUUAUAUCUGGAAAGGCAACAAAAAGUUCUACCGUACAGGUCCAUGGAAUGGCCUCAGGUUCAGUGGUUCACCAGAUUUAAACCCCAAUCCAGUUUAUAAUUACGACUUUGUCUCUAAUGAGAAUGAAGUGUACUACACGUACACCCUCAAAAAUAAGUCUCUAAUCUCAAGAGUAGUGGUGAACCAAACCGGCCAUACCCGUGAUCGCUAUACAUGGAUUGAAGCAGAGAAAGUUUGGAGGGUUUAUUCAUCAAGACCUAGGGACUACUGUGACAGUUAUGGCCUUUGUGGAGCCAAUGGAAAUUGUGUCCUUGCUGCAUCACCGGUCUGCCAAUGUCUAAAAGCAUUCAAGCCUAAAUCACCAGAAUUGUGGAGCUUAAUGGAGUGGUCUCAAGGUUGUGUACGCAAUAAACCAUUGAGCUGCCACACAGAUGGGUUUGUUAAAUUUGUUGACUUGAAAUUGCCAGAUACUACAUAUUCUUGGGUGAACAAAAGUAUGAGCCUUGAUGAAUGCAGGGUCAAAUGCUUGAACAACUGUACCUGUAUGGCUUAUACAAACUCGGAUAUCAGCGGAAGAGGUAGUGGCUGCGCCAUCUGGUUUGGUGAUUUAAUGGAUAUUAGACAAUUUCCGGCAGGUGGGCAAGAUCUAUAUAUCAGAAUGUCGGCUUCAGAGCUACUAGAAAAAAGACAUGGUACUAAGAUCAAGAUUGCAGUAACAGCUGCUGCUGUCCUUGCUGUAGUUUCUGGAACACUCUUAGUUGGCUUUUAUAUUUUCAGAACCAGGACAAACUUAAAAGCAAAAAAGGAGCCGAAUGGAAUUAUAAGUCAUCAGAACAAUGAAGAUCAAAAGGAAGACCUUGAGCUCUCUUUCUUAGACCUAUCCACAGUAGUUGGUGCCACUGACAACUUUGCUCUCAACAACAAGCUUGGUGAAGGUGGUUUUGGACCUGUUUACAAGGGCAUACUAGAAGACGGACAAGAAAUUGCUAUCAAGAGGCUUUCAAGGAGUUCUGGACAAGGAUUGAAUGAGUUCAAGAAUGAAGUAAGAUUGAUUGCCAAGCUUCAACACCGGAAUCUUGUAAAGCUUGUUGGUUGUUGCAUUCAAGGAGAAGAGAAAAUGCUGGUUUAUGAAUACAUGCCCAAUAAGAGUCUAGACUCCUUCAUUUUUGAUUUUGGAGUAGCCAGAACUUUUGGAGGAGAUCAGUCAGAAGGAAACACAAAUAGAGUAGUUGGAACUUAUGGUUAUAUGGCACCAGAAUAUGCUUUUGAUGGGCUAUUCUCAACAAAAUCUGAUGUCUUUAGUUUUGGGAUUUUGUUGCUUGAGAUCAUAAGUGGGAAGAGAAGCAGAGGGUUUUAUCAUCCAGAAAUCAGCUAUAACCUUAUUGGAUAUGCAUGGAGACUGUGGAAUGAGGGAAGGCCAUUAGAAUUGACUGAUGAAUGCUUAGGACAAUCGUCCACAUUGUCUGAGGUUCUCCGUUGCAUCCAUAUUAGCCUCUUGUGUGUGCAACAGUGUCCUGAGGAUAGGCCUAGCAUGUCAUCUGUGAUUGUGAUGUUGGGCAGUGAGGGUGCAUUGCCUCAGCCCAAACAACCUGGUUUCUUCUUGGAAAAAGAUUCAAAUGAAGCACAUUGUUUCUCAAGUAAGCAGGAACCAUCUUCGACCAAUGAAAUGACAAUUACAUUAUUGGACGCUCGGUAAGAACUUUGUACUAAAAAAACUCAGAGAAUUGUCGAUGCAGAAUCAAGUUUGAUUAUAAUCUGUAAUCAUUUCCUACAUUCAAGUAGGCUAUGUCAAUUCUAUUGGUACCUAAGGACCUUUA